ACCUAGCAGCAGUGCAAUAAAUGCAACGUGCUGGUGGAACUUCAAAACACCAUGUGGUCAACACUAGUUAGCGUGGUUUUCCUGCUCACCUGCGUCUGUAUGUAUCUUGGUGUCCAUAUUGUCAUAUAUUCAGCUUUCACUAUGAGCCUCUUGCUGAUGGCCCAGGCACUGAGCCAGAGGGGAAGAGGUAUGUCUGAGGGAUUUGAGAGGGCAGUGUUAAUAACAGGCUGUGACAGUGGAUUUGGGUAUCAACUUGCCAAGACACUGGACAGCAUGGGAUUCAUCGUGUUUGCUGGGUGUUUAUGCUCUGAUGGUCAUGGAGCUCAAACACUGGCCAAAGAGGGAUCUCAGCGUUUAAGUGUGCUGCAGUUGGAUGUAACCAGAGAUGAAGAUGUGAGGCUGGCUAAGGCCCUUGUGGAAGCAAACCUACCAGAGAAAGGCCUUUGGGCUGUUGUAAACAAUGCCGGCAUCAGUGACUGGGGAGAGACUGAAUGGAAUUCCAUCGAAGACUACCAGAAAAUGGCAGACAUCAAUUUGUUUGGCUCCAUCCGUACUUCGAUUGCAUUUCUGCCUCUUGUACGAGCAUCCAAAGGUCGUAUGGUAUUUGUGUCAAGCAUCUUUGCCUUCUUUAAUUGUUUGAACAUGGGAGCAUACAGUAUAUCCAAAAGAGGGCUGGAGGCCUUUGCUGACUGCCUGAGGGUUGAGCUGGCCAGUUUUGACGUAAAGGUCAGCAUUAUUCAGCCAGGAAACUUUGGACCAGCUACAAACAUCAGAACUAAGAAAACAACCCAAGAAAUAUGGGAUAAAUUGGAUGAGGAACAUAAAGCAAUUUUCAACAGAAGUUACGUUGAGAUUGCAAAUUCGUACUCCCAGUCUUCAUGCAAUGCAGGGUUUAAAGAUUGCCGCAUGGUCAUUGAUGCUAUGGUGCAUGCUCUUACUGCCCCUAAUCCAAAAGCACGUUACCUACUUGUCUCUUCGAUGGAGAUGAUCUUUUUUUCUGUAUUUCCUUUUUUGCCCACGGUUAUCAAAGAUGCAGUGUUUAAAAUUUCCCCGAUUUACCACAAGCGCAAAGCGAUGCUUUAUGCCUGAAAUUUGAUUUCAGAUUUAUAUCUGAUGCGACUUGAAGGUUUAUGAUUUCAGAAUCAGAUUCAGAUCUCAACUUUAGUAGUCAACCGUUAGAUAAUGGCCAAAUGAUAAGGAAUUGCUAAGUAUUUGGAAAUUGGUCCUUGGUGUCACUCACAUGGUUGGCCACAUGGCUUAUCAUUGCACAAAGUGUUUCCACAGCUAUCACGUCUUACCACGUUACAAGUACAUAGUCUUUAUGAGUAGAUAAUAUUUGUUAUUUUUGUUUGAAGUUUUAGUGGACAACCACAGCCACAUUUCCUGAGUUCGGUAUAAGAAGCAGAACUAGAAAUGCUGAAAUGUUAGUUGUGUCCAGGAUGAUGAACAGAGAUGUCAAAGAUUAUAAAAUUACUAAAAAAAGUAUAUUGUGCGUUUGCCUCCCACACUGCCACAAACACCUCCAACACUCCACGGCCUCAAAGAGUGGAGAAAAAGUGUUACACGUUUCUGCAAGUGCAUAGGUUUCUGUGGCCUAGUGGGUGGACAGUUUUAGCUCUUCAGAACUUACACCUCUGUAUGGAUGACCAGUCGGGAUGUGGGUGUCGAUGCUUAAGUAUCAGCACUUUUGAUACUG